AUGAAAUUUAUUUUUUUUUUGGCUAGCUUAAUUUCAAUAAUUGAAAUAAGCGCAAUUGAGUUAAAAGGUUUAAAACGGUCUUUGUAUAUAAUAAAAGAAAAUGAUAAAUUACAUUUAUUAUAUCAUAAAAAGUAUAAAUUAAGUUUUAUUUUAAAAAAUAUUAAAAAGAAUUUUUGUAAAUAUAAGAUUAAAUGUACAGAAAAAAAUUAUGAUAAUGAAAAUAUCCAUAUUUCUGUAACUAUACCUAGAUUAAGAUUUGCUCCAAGUCCGACUGGUUUUUUGCAUGUAGGUGGGUGUAGAACAUUUUUAUAUAAUUAUAUCUUGUCAAAACAAAUGAACGGAAUUCUAAUCUUUCGAUUGGAAGACACGGACAUGCGGAGAAAUACCAAGGAAUCAUUAGAUGAAAUAAUUAAAGACCUAAAAUGGCUCAAUUUAAGCUGGGAUGAAGGAAUAGACAAAGGGGGUAACCAUGGACCGUAUAUACAAUCCCAAAAAAUAGAACUUUACAAGAAAAUAGCUCAUGAUUUUGUUAAGCAAGAAAAAGCAUAUUUCUGUUUUUGCACGAAAGAUGAGUUACGGCAAAAAAAGGAAAAGGCAAAAAUGAUGAGAAAAAAGUACACAUACGACCAAAAAUGUCGGAACUUAAAUGAGGAAAUAAUUAAUAAAUAUUUACGAGAAAACAAGUUAUAUACAAUACGAUUUAAAUCACCAUAUAACAGAAAAAUUGUGUUAAAAGAUUUUUUAAAAAAUAAUAUCGUCGAUGUUGUAAAUGAAGAUUUCAUUAUAUUAAAAAGUAGCUAUUUGCCAACAUACAAUUUUGCAGCUUCAGUGGAUGAUCAUUUGAUGAAAAUAUCUCACGUCAUAAGGGGUGUUGAACAUGUUUCAAAUACGUUCAAGCAAAUAAUAAUACUAGAGGCCUUGAAUGCAAAAAUUCCCCAAUAUGCACACAUACCAAUUAUAACAAAUAUAGAUAAAAAGAAAAUUAGUAAAAGGAAGAAUGAAUGUUUAAUUAAGAAUUUAAGGAAUGAGGGUUUUAAACCUGAGUGUGUAGUUAAUUAUAUGGCUACCUUAGGAUGGGGUAGCGUUUCAAAAAGAGAAUUUUAUACCAUGGAUGAACUUAUCGCUAAUUUCAACAUACAAGUACUAAACAAAUCUUCAGUUGUUUUUGACAUGAAAAAACUAAAAUGGAUGAAUAGGAAAUACUUGUUAGAGCAAGACAUGGAAACAUAUAUAUGUGAAGCGGAAAAAUACUUAAUUCAGAAUGGGGUCUUAACAAAAAGAAAUAGCGAAUUUGUUGAGUUAUGCAUUAGUAUAUUUAAAAACGAUGUACAUACAUACAAAGAGCUAAAGGAGUGUAUAACAAAUGUUAUUUCAUAUGAUUAUUUAGGGAAUCAUUUAAAUAAAGAUGAUUCACUAUUAAAAAGUAUUAGUGUUUUGUUAUAUAAAUGGUUCAAAGAAAAUAUAAACAAUGAUAAUCUAGAAGGUGCCAUGGACAAUGAUUUUGACUUAUUAAUACAAUAUAUUAUGAAAUAUAGCAACUUAAAGAAAAAGGAAAUUUUAUUAAAAAUACGUUUUCUUUUAACAUUUCAAAGAAAAGGUAUUCCAUUUAUACUUUUAAUAAACAUAUGGAAGUCAGCAAAAAAAAAUAAUGUGGAAAAUUAUUUCUCUUUGAAAAGCAGGCUUCAAUAUUUGAAUAGCAUAUAUGGCACAUAA